AUGCUAGCACCUUUUGUCAUAAAACACUAUGGGUCACUCCAGCAACUAACAGACUACUGCCGCGCUUUACCUAAAGUAGAACUCCAUGCACACAUCAAUGGCUCGAUUAGCAGGGAGACGUGCCAAAAACUAAUCAACAAGAAAAAACUCACAAACUCUGAAUUUGCCGACUUCGUAAUACCAGAUUACGAGCUGGAAGAUAUAUUCGGAUUCUUCCCAAUAUUUUCUAAAUUCAUUUAUAAACUCACGACAGACACCGAAUCUAUUUCAUUUGUCACCAAGGAAAUAAUCAAUGACUUUAUGUUAGAUGGUGUCAAAUAUCUUGAACUACGUACUAUUCCUCGUGCUUGUUUAGAAAGCGCAAUGACUAGGGAGUCGUACGUUCAAGCGGUUUUAAGUUGUUUAGAGUUAUUUACGCAAGACGAAAUCAUUGUAAAAUUAAUAUUGGGUGUUGAUCGAAGGAACAGCUUGGAGGAAGCGAUGGAAACCGUGGACCUGGCAAUAAAGUAUCAACAGAUGGGCAUUGUUGGAGUUGAUUUAUGUGGAAAUCCGAGCGCCGGAAAUAUCGAAGAAUUGUUGCCUGCCUUUGUUAAAGCGAAAGAGAAUGGAUUAGGAGUUACAAUUCACCUUGGCGAAAUUCCUUCAAGUGUGUCGGAACAUUCAUCUCUAAUCACAAUCCCGCCCGACCGCAUCGGGCAUGGCACUUAUCUCGAUCCACUGGGCAAAGAAUUCUUAAUCAAAAACAAUAUUCCAAUCGAAAUGUGCAUGACUUCUAACGUUCUGUGCAAGACUGUCAAAAAGUUUGAAGAUCAUCACAUAAAAGAAUUCUUGGAUCUUAAACAUCCUUGCGUUCUUGGAACUGAUGAUAAAGGCAUCUUCCUCUCCGAUUUAUCAAUGGAAUAUGGAAUAGCGGCAUCGACAUUCUCGUUAACACAAAGACAGUUAUAUGAGCUCUCUUACCAGUCGAUUGAUUAUAUAUUUAGCAAUAAUAGUACAAAAGAAUCUCUCAAAGCUCAAUGGAAUGCUUGGUGGAAGCAAGCGGAAUAUGCGAAUUUGAACUAA